CGUAAAUACGCCCCUUAAAGGAACAUGAAACUACAUUAUUCCCAAAUUUGGCGAACUUCAGCGAAAGAUAUAGCAACCUUUGUGUUGCCACCUAAGAAACGAACCCUUACUUCCGCGCGUCACCGCCAACUCCGUACUUAAAAUUUGCACAGUUCCAUUGAGUUCACAUUUGCACCGUGCCCAGAGGAGGAGCGCUAUUCGUGAAGAGAGGAUCUAGGUAGAUGUACGCGUUCCCAGACCAAUCGGAUUCAUGUAGUAGGUUUUUCUCUUUAUUUUAGCGCAUUUGUUCCAAUUACUUAAUUAUUUCGUUUAUCAAAACUGCUUAUGCAUUAAUGAGCUUACUGUAGUUAAAAUUGCUUCGAACUUUUAAUUUAAUAAUCAUCCUUGCAGUUGCGUUGCCACGGCAGCCAUUGUUGCUAUGUACUCCUGAACGUAACACGUCAUAUCUACGUAAGCAAGUAAAUAGAAGCACGUGAGGUGUGCCAAUUUUGAAUUUUGCUCCUUCAGUUAUAAUCCUUUAGUGAAAUUUUUAAUUUUUUUUUAUUUAUUUUCGUCAUUUAUAUGGUAUUUGUUUAAAAGAGCAUUUAUCUACUAGCUGUUAAAGUUUCUGUGUGUUUUGAAAUUUUCUAAAUAAUCUUUGAGAAUUCACGUACUGUUAAUUAUCAGCAAUUGAAUCUAGAAAUGAGUUCUCUGAAGAUGAUUUUAACUGGUACUUUUUUCUUCUUAGCUUUUGCUGGAAUUUUUUGUAUAAAUGAAGUUAGCUUCAAUUUAUUAUCUACAAAGAAGCAGGAGAGUGUCUUGAAAAUACUUUAAAAUAUUAUAUUUUCUGAUUCAUUACUAUCGUGAUCUUUUCUUAUACAUCUGAAUGAAUUGUUACUAAUCAGUGAAAGUUAAAUUUUUGUUUUUGUAUGCAUCUAAAAUAUUGUAGUUGUAAGCUGCGAUGCCUUCAAGUCCAAUUCAUAAAUUUCCAUUGUCUGAUGAUUCUGCAAAUAAUAGUUUAGAAUGUACUGCAAAUAUUUCUGAUAAUUGUGAGGAAAAAGGAAGUGCAAAUGACAUGAAGAGAUUUACAAAAUACAGGCUUAGUCAAGGCCAUGCUUUACUUCGGAAGCAAGUUCAGAGACCAAUAAUUCUACAUGCUACAAAAGGUUUUGGAGGAAGAAGAAGAUAUACAUUUUCUGGUCAACAAGAUAAUAAACUUUUAUAUAAAAAACGCCGUCGAUUCACCAGCAUUGCUCUGCCGACUAAAUUUCUCCUGGGAGGAAACAGAAAUGAUCCAUUAAAUUUGAGUAGUCUGCAAGAUGAAAAAAUAAAUCAACAGUUAAAUGCAUUUUCACCUGCAUCAUCACCAAUGCCUUUGCCAGAUUGGCGGACUCAAGUGCAAGUUGUUAUUCCUCAAAAUAUUUAUGACCCUCUAAAUUUAAAUACUGGAGAGGAUAUAGAAUUUAAUUUGCUAUCCUCUAAACCUCGAAGGCGACGAAGGCAUCGGAAAGGUAAAAAAGACGAUGAAAACGUAGAAGAUGCAAAUCAAAUAUCGCCUUCUGAAGAAGUGCCUCCAUCUGAUAUAUUGACCCUCUGCCAUGUUUCUGUGGAUGAUCCCAAUGGCAAAGAUAAAAUUUCUUCAAAAGUAGAAUUUUCUGAUGAUCAAAACAAAAUAGUUUCACCUGUUGUACCUCAAGGGUCUCCAGUUAAGACAUUUAAAAAAUCUGUCUCUCGAAGUAUUUCGAGAGAAGCAGAAGAAAAACCAUCUAAGUUGAACCAACUUGUGAAAUAUAGAAGUCCAAGAUCAAGGGAUCGUCAAAAUGAUACUAUAAAGUUUAGAGUUAAUGCUGCUAAAUUUUGUUAUGGCAAUCAUGUUGCAAAUAUUGCAAACUGGAAUUUUGGAGAUGACUUUGGUACUGAUCCAAGAUUACGGUUUUUUAACCAGGACAUGUUUAGAGAGGCAGAUGUUUUAGACAUUGGUUGUAACACUGGCCAAAUUGCAUUACACAUUGCAAAGCAUUGGCAUCCAAGGAAAGUUGUUGGCAUUGAUAUUGAUAAAAAAUUAAUAAAUAAGGCUCAACGUAAAGUGCGUUUAUAUUUGAGUGAACAUAUUGCACAAGAAGAGGACUUUCCUGACUCCAUGGCUGUGAUGUAUGGGCCUUUGUCUAAGCUAGUAAUUUCCAAAUCUAAAGCAGAGAUGGACUUUCCAAAUAAUGUUACCUUUUUUGAGCCGGCUAUUUAUAAAACAUAUCAAGGUUUAGAAAUGAGGCCAGAUUCAUUUUGCGACUACCUACUAUCGGAAGUGGGGUUUUCUUCUUGUCGAUUGAUUGGAAGAUCAUAUAAUUGUACAAAAGCUUAUCGUCAAGAGAUAUUUCUUCUGACUAAAGGAAGUUACGAAGAAGAACCACACGUAUUACUCGACCCAUCAUCCCUUCCGUAUAAUUACCACAUGUGGUAUCCAAGGAACGAGUUCGCAACGUACGAUGAACAUCCGCAUGACGCAGGUUUUUCCGAUUAUGCCGAAGAAAAUCAUGAAGAUAAUGGAUAUUCUAAUUAUGACGACGAAAAUGAUUAUGAAUGUUAUGGGGAAGAAGAAAUGGAGCCAGACUUUGCGGAAUAAUUUAUUUAUAAAACUUCAUUCUUUUUUCAUUGUAUAAUUAACAUGUAAAACUAAUAAGGUGUAUUAACUCUAUUAAAACAAGGUGUUUUGGGUUUU